UUUUUUUCAUAUUUUUUUUGUUUCGUUGAAAAUUAUCGUAUAGGUAGUACAGUGGACCACGAUACACCCCAACAAAAAGAGGGCAACAACAAAUGAAAUUUUCUUCCUGGAUCGUGAUGCAAAAAGAGGGACAGGCUUUCGUAUGGAGUGCAGAAGACUGGUUGACACUGAGGAAAGAUCACAGAAUAAUAGGAGAAUUGAUUGGGUGUUUGCCAAAAAAAUCACGGCAAGAUAUUCUUCACGGUCUACCGUUGAUGCUCUUACCGGAGGAGGCAACUUUAUUGUUGGAAAAAAAUAUUGCUAGGCUGAUUUAUUAUCCGUGUUUGCUCCAAAAACCCAGCAAAAGUUUGAAAAAAAUUGUUGAGGAGUACAGAGGAAAGCUGUUUGUUCAACAGGAAGAAUGCUUGAGGCAAGAACGCAGAAAUCAGUUGAUCAAAGUGAUGGACAAAAUAGUCGAUGGCAAAAGGAGAAAGAUACUGGGAGUGGAAACUGCAAAGAAGAAACUGAAAAGACCUCUCAAAAAAGAGACUCAAGAAGCAUUGAACAACAUUGAUAUUGACAGAGAAGUUUUGAUGUCCGAAGAGAUGGCUAAAUUACCAAAACUUGAGAAGAGCGAAGCUCUGGUACAAACUCACACAGCUUACCCUUGGUUGGGAGAAAAUGACACAGAAGUUGCCAUUUGGAAAUACCCCUCUACAAUGAACGAAACUUUGAGAUACAAGACAUACAAAGAUUUGUGGGAAAGAGGAUUUUAUGUAUCCAGUGGUGAAAAGUUUGGAGGUGAUUUUCUGGCAUAUCCUGGUGAUCCAAUAAUGUUUCACUCCCUGUUUAUAAUAGAGUGCAAAGACAAGGACAAGGAUAUAACAAUAAUGGAAUUGGCUGGACAGUGUAGAGUUGCUUGUCAUGUAAGGAAGACUCAAGUUUUUGCAACUUUCGAUGAUGAAGAUCAGACGAAAAUAAAAUAUCAAUCUUUCCAAUGGGCAGAAUCUAAUAUGUUUUCACCUGUGUAAAUGAUCAUCGUUACAAUUGUCUUAAUUCAUAUAAUUUUUUUUUUCCAUUGAUAAUUUUGAUUACAGGAUAACAAAAUAAAAUUGAACAAAAGUU